AUGGAGACCCUCCUCUCCGUCGCAUUCGACAACCUCUCGUCCUAUGACGGGCCCAAAGUUAAAAAGGGCCUGCGCCAGGUCGAGGGCCUGCUCGCUCAGAUCUGCCUCUCCGCCCACGCAGCCAACAAAAACAACAACACCAAUAACAAAUCGCCCACCACCCCACCUGCGCCCUUCGAUGGCUCAAAACAACAGCCAGCAACACCAGCGCCUUCCCGCUUCCCGCUCUCUGACCUGAGCGGCGAUGCUGCCUUUCGCGAGUUCUUCAAGCUGCAGGACGGGUUUCAGUGGAAUAUCGCCACGCGCCUGAUCCAGACCCUCGACCGGCUGCUAGCCAAAAGCGACGAUGGCAGCAUGGACCUGUUAAUGCUGACCGCCCUCGACUCGCUGCAGGGCGUCCUGCUGCUGCACCCUCCAAGCAGGCUGUUGUUCUCGCGCGAGCAGAGCAUGAACCUCCUCCUCGACCUCCUAGAACCCGUCAACUGCCCAGCCAUCCAGGCCGCCACCCUGCUGGUCCUGGUCGUCGCCCUGCUCGAGACCCCGCGCAACACCCGCACCUUCGAGAACCUCGACGGCCUGCUGACCGUCUCGUCCAUCUUCAAGUCGCGCUCCACCGCCCGCGACGUCAAGUUCAAGACCAUGGAGUUCCUCUACUUCUACCUCAUGCCCGAGACCCCCUCCCUGCCACGCGCCGGCUCUGACGGCUCCGGCGCUGCCGCCCUGCUGCAGCGCAGCCCCAGCAAACUGGGCCGGGCGUUCAAAAAGAGGGAUGACGGAGGCGGUGCGAACGGGGCCGGUGGUGCUGCCAGCGAGGACAACACACUGAACCAGCAAGUCAAGCAGGAGAUGCUGCGACGGCAUCUGCCUAAUGUCGAUGAGUUAGUCAAGGAUUUGCAGCAGUAUGCUCCUUUUGGAGGGGCUGUUGCUUGA